AUGACUCGUGCUCCCAAGAAACAUCUGAAGCAUGCAGCAGCUCCAAAGCAGUGGAUGCUGGAUAAGUUAAGUGGAGUUUUUGCUCCAAGACCAUCCACAGGUCCCCACAAGCUGAGGGAGUGUCUCCUGAGAAACAGACUCGAAUAUGCCCUGACUGGAGAUGAAGUAAAGAAGAUCGGCAUGCAGCAAUUCAUCGAGAUUGAUGGCAAUGUCUGCACUAAUAUUACAUACGCUGCAGGCUUUAUGGAUGUCAUUAGCAUAGAGAGGACAGGUGAACAUUUCCAUCUGGUCUAUGACACAAAGGGAUGCUUUGCUGUUCAUCAUAUUACAGCUGAGGAGGUUAAAUAUAAAUUGUGCAAAGUGAGAAAAAUCUUUGCGGGUACAAAAGGUAUUCCCCAUCUAGUGACCCAUGAUUCUCGUACUAUCUGGUACCCAGAUCCUCUCAUUAAAGUGAAUGAUACAGUUAAGAUUGAUUUAGAAGCUGACAAGAUCACUGAUUUUAUCAAGUUUCAUACUAGUAACCUAUGCAUGGUGACCUGUGGAGCUAACUUGGGUCUAAUUGGUGUGAUCACAAACAGGGAGAAACACCCUGGCUCUUUUGAUUAUGUCCAUGUAAAAGAUGCCAAUAGCAAUAGUUUUGCCACUAGGCUCUCAAACAUUUGUGUUAUUGACAAAGGUAAUAAGCCUUGA